AUGGCUAUUGAUACACUCUCUCUUCAAGGCAAAAUCGCUAUAGUCACCGGCUCCGGCAGAGAAAAUGGCAUUGGUGCUGGUAUCGCUAUCGCCUUGGCGAGAAACGGAGCAGCUGUUACAAUCCACUAUGUUAAUGACUCUGUGACACAGCGAGCUCAUGCAGUGGCCGACAGAAUCAAAGCAGACGGAGGUAAAGCCAUCGUGAUCCAAGGAUCAAUCGAAACCCCACAGGGAGCUCAGUACUUGGUCAACGAGACUCUGAAAGGCUUUGAUGCUGAUCGUAUCGAUAUCUUAGUCAACAACGCGGGAGUAGGCGUGUUUGGGGAGACAUUGACAGUCAACCACAGCGAUAUAACGCAGACGUUCGACGUCAACGUCAAAGGGCCAAUCUUUGUCGCCCAAGCUGUUGUGCCUGUGAUGCCACCAGGCGGCCGAAUUGUCAACAUCAGCUCUAUAGCAUCCAAGAUGGGAGAUGAUAGCAUUCCAAUCUAUGGUGCAUCUAAAGCUGCCAUUGACAGUUUGACAUGGUCGUGGGCCAAAGAAUGGGGGCGAAGUAAGAAGAUCACCGUCAACUCUGUAGCUCCUGGGCCAGUCACCACAGACUCGAAUCCUUAUGAAGAAUUCCAGAAGCCUUCUAUCGAUAUUACAAGAGCUGCUGAUAGGGCUGGCACACCAGAGGAUAUUGCUGAUGCUGUGCUUUUGCUGGUGUCUGAGAAAGCACGAUGGAUCACAGGACAGUACAUCUCGACUCGUAACGUUUUGUACUUUGAAUCCCCAGAUCUCUUCACAUUAAAAAACAUGUCAUACAGCUCGUUUCCCAACCGUCGGCGGGUCAUACAAGCAUGCGUCAACUGUCGUAUGCGCAAGACUCGUUGCGAUGCUGCCCAGCCUAAAUGUGGGCUUUGCACCAUGCAGAACGUUGAUUGUGUCUAUCGCGAUGCAAGGCAACCAAAAAUCGAUUACAAUACUCAAGUUCUCCUAGAGCGGAUGCAACUUCUUGAAGACCGUAUCCUUUCUACCUCAUCUUCGCCAGCCCGAAACAACCCUGUAGAGGCUCGGGUUCCGGGUAUGGACCAGCCAGGCUCGGCCGAGCCAAUUGAAAGACAGUCAGACAUGUUGCAUGACAUGGCACAAGAACCCGUAUUCGAAGUUCAGAUACCCCUGUCACAUACGGCAAAUGCAAACCAUGUCUUCUCGUGGCCACUUGUACAAGAGCUUAUAUCAGAGACGAGUGAAGACGGGCAUGACAUCCAACCCUACGGUGAUGCAACCGAUGUCUUUUUUCACCAUCGACCAAAUAAUUCUCAUCCUUCUACAACGUCACAUCCACCUAUCUCAUGGAAACUGUUCGACAAGAAAACAGAAUCAUUCUACGUUCCGGUGAAUAACGCAGUCUUCCGACUUCGUGAAUUGGUCCACCUUUACUUUGCCGAUGUCAACAUUUUCUUUCCGCUCUUACUGAAAAGCGACAUGACUGAGAUUUUCGAAGCUGUAGCAGACAGAGAGGUCUAUGGUGACGAAGGGGCUAGUAUCGUUGAUAUGCCUCAUUAUGGACUACUUCUCGUCCUUCUUUGCCUCUCCCUACUGAAUUAUAGUGGCCAAUCGAAUAUCCACCUGGACGGGCAAGGUAGAAGCCAUCAAGCUUCAUCAGAUUCCGACAAUACUAUCAAGAAACAGGGCCAACUAAUGCACCAUCUUUGGGGAAAAGCGAAGCUUGUGCUAGGAUACAUCUCGACUGACAUGUCCCUCGCCGCCGCGCAAAGCAGCAUGCUAGCAAGCAUAUUCAUGGGUGCGUGCGGUCAAGUAGCCGAAGCUUUUCACUGGGCACAUGCUACUGCUGUCAAGUGUGAGAGUAUGGCUCGAUCGUACGCAAAGAAUGAGACCAUCCCGGACGCAUUUCGGCGACUUUACUGGAUCUCCUUUAUCUACGAAUGUGAUUUCAUAUCCGAGAUAUCAGUUGUCUCCCCCUCUGGUAUAGCAAGAUUUGAGAACAAAAUCCCAUAUCCGGAUUUCACAACAGAGAACAAUCCCAUCUCCCCUUCAGCACCAGAGUCGUCUGAAAUGCGUUCAACCCGAAGUCAGGAAGAACUGGUAGCCUUCCAGAUAACAACAAACUCUGCCAUCAGACGCUUCCUGAACACCGUCAACAGCGUGGUUUAUGAUGACAAAGAACAAUUCAGGACAAGACAAUCGAAUUAUGCAAGUUGGCUUCUCAGGAUCUCAGAGGAUCUUUGGUCACAUCAUUCGGCCAUCUAUCGCAACCUGCCCAAAUUUCUCUUGACCGCUUCCUCACAAGACGUCCCUAUGACAGGAACCGAUUCAGGAUCUCCUGCAAGUCUCCAGUCCCCAACUGCACGCAUCCAAAAUCUACCGACAGGAAACAACUCGUGGAACAUUUUGAGACUCAAGGGAAGAUACUACGCAGGACAGUACAUCAUUCACCGACCAUUUAUCGAAUUCAUCGUUCUAAACAUGGAUAAUUUCGAGACGCACCCUUGCAAGGACGCUGUCCUAAAGAAAUCCAAGUCUUGUUUGGAUGGGUGCAUGGGCUUCAUAAACGUAUUCGACGUGGAAACAGCCAAUGCCUUGACCUGUUUAUUUCCGACUGGCAUGGUGUAA